AUGAAGAAGGAGACCGAGAAGGGAUGGAAACCAGGAUUUCCCAUUUCCAUCCCUUAGCUGGAUGGAAAGGAGGGUGCAAGGACGAGGAAGAUGCCACGGGACACCCAGGCAGACAAGGAGCUGCAGAUGGAGGCCUGGGAGGAGAAAUCCCCGUGGCAGAAUCUUGUGGAAGAGGCCAUUUUGUGCAGCUCCACAGCACAGGAAUCAAAGGGGAAAGAAAAUCCCCGGAGACCCCACACAAGGAGGGGGUGCAAACGCAGAUUGCAGAGAUCUGAGGAGGAAAGACCCAACCUGGGCCGGGAAGGUGGCCAGAAAUCAGGCCAGAGCUUGGACCUUGUGGUCCAUGACCAGCUUCAUGAUGGGGAGAAGCCCCACAAGUGCUUGGAGGGUGGGAAGAGCUUCAGCCGGAGCUCCCACCCGAUCCGCCACCAGAGGCUCCACACUGGGGAGCGGCCCUACAAGUGGGGGGAAUGUGGGAAGAGCUUCAGCCGGAGCUCCCACCCGAUCCGCCACCAGAGGCUCCACACUGGGGAGCGGCCCUACAAGUGGGGGGAAUGUGGGAAGAGCUUCAGCCGGAGCUCCCGCACCAACCUGAUCCAGCACCGGAACAUCCACACUGGGGAAAGGCCCUACAAGUGUAGGGAAUGUGGGAAGGGUUUCAGCCAGCGUGCCAACCUGGUCCAGCACCAGAACAUCCACACCGGGGAGAGGCCCUAUAAGUGUUCAGAGUGUGGGAAGGGGUUUCGGAUCAGCUCCCAUCUCCUCGUGCACCAUCGGAUUCACACAGAGGAGAGGCCCUUCCGCUGCCCCGACUGUGGGAAGGGAUUCAUGUACAACUCUCACCUCAUCAACCACCAACGGAUUCACUCAGACGAGAGGCCCUUCCGCUGCCCCGACUGCGGGAAGGGCUACAAGCACAAUUCCACCCUGAUCACGCAUCGGCGCAUCCACACCGGAGAGAGGCCCUACGAGUGUCCCCAGUGUAGGAAGAGCUUCUCACAGUGCUCAGCCCUGACUGAGCACCGACGGAGGCACCGGUAAGGGAAGCCCUGCGAGUGCCCCGAUUUCAUGAAGAGCUUCGUGUGCUGCUCCAACUCCAUCCCCCACUGGAGGACCCUUGUUGGGAAGAGCCCUGGUGAUCCACAUUUGCUGUGAUCCAUGUUGGGAAGGCACCUAGCUGCUUAUCCUUUUGUUUUGGCCUUCAUUUUCUUCUGAUUAAUUUUCGUCCCUUAAAAACAGCCAAAACAGGGUUAAAAAGAAAGAAACUGAUCAAAGAUAUCUAAAGUCCCACCAUUUCACAGUUGUUUGAGGGGGAAUUUAGGAUUUGGGGACGUAAUCUGGAGGAUUUGUGGGUUCUGGGAGGAUUUUGGGCAGUGUUCUCCUCUUUGCACUGCAGAAACCAAGAGGGAUCAACCUGUCUCCUCAAAAUAACUCAAUCCCACUGAAAACCAUACAGUUGUACCCCAAAAGGGCUCAAUCCCAACUCAGAAUUGCUUGUUCUCUCCUCAAAAAUAUCAAUCCUAUGCCAAACUCACUUGAUUCCACAGCCGCCAUGGGGAGAAGGGGUUGGAAGGAGAUUGGGAGAAGUGAGAUCCAAAUUUGGAGCAGUGGAUCGGGAUUGUGUGCAGCUGGGUGGGUGGGAUGUAUUUGAUAGUAAAUAGAAACUUCAGAGUUACUAAUUUCUGUUCUAUUCAUUUUCAGUGAGUUGCAAUUCUGUUUCCAGAGUGCCACCUUCUCAGCUGAUUUUGUUUGUGUCCUCCUUUCUCUCCUGCCUCUCUCUUUUUCUCAGUGCCUCCCUUGAGCCAGGGCAGCUGCCACCAAAGACGCUCCCCUGAUUUAAUUCCCAGUGCAGGAGCUACAACAAUGAUUGAUGAAGUUAUGAAGGCUGGCAGUGAAAUGUCACUGUAGCAUCUUGCUCUACUUGGCUUUCGGCCCCUUCCUAAGAGCUUUGUCUUGAAGGGCAGGAAUACCUUUUCCUCGGUGCGAAUGCGAUUGUAUGGGUUGGAAUCGUAUGGACUGGGAUUGUAUAAACUGGGAUUGUACAGACUGGGAUCAUAUGGACCAGGAUGGCUGCACCAGAACAAUGCAAACUAGGCAGUCCCACCCCACCCAGGGAUCCCUCCCAGUCCUGCAUGGGGGCAUAGCCAAAACUCUCCAGAGUGAAGACAGAGGUCCUGUAGUGAUCCCGGUGCCAAUCCUGUUCCCAGUUUUGGUCUCAGUCUCUGUCCAGGAGCGCUCCCAGUGUCAGUCCCAGUCCCGGUUCUGGUGUCACUACCAGUCUCAGAGCACUCCUGGAGCGCUUCUAGUGCUAAUUCCCGUCCCGCUGUUGAUCUCAGUCCUGCAGCUGUGCUGGUCUCGGUCUCAGUCUGAGUCCCAGAGCAGUGCCAGUCUCGGUGCCAGUGCCGCUUCUGGUUUCAGUUCUGGUCUCAACCUCUGUCUCUGAGUUGUCCUGGUUCUAGUGCUGGUACCUGUGCUGGUCUUGGUCCUGGAGUGCUCCUUGUGCAUUCUCAGUCCCAGCCCCAGAGUGCUGCCAGUCUCGGUGCUGGUUCCAGUGCUGGUCUCGGUGUCAGUCCCGCAGUGCUCUGGCUGGUCUCCAUCCUGGUCCCAGUGCCAGAGAAGUCCUGGUGUCAGUGCCGGUCUCAGUUCUGGUGCCGGUUCUGGUCCCAGAGCACUCCCAGUGCCAGUCCUGGUUCUGAAGCACUCCCGGUGGCAGUCCCAGUGUCGGUCUUGGUCUCAGUCUUGGUCCCAGUGCCAGUUCUGGUGCCAGUUUCAGUUUCAGUCUCGGUCCCAAUAAUGGUGCCUGUCCCAGAGCAGUGCUGGUCUUGGUUCUGGUAUCACUUCUGGUGCCAGUCUUGGUCUCAGUCCCUGAGAUUUUCAGCUCAUUUUGGUGAUUUUAGGCCAAUCUGGGCAGGUUUAGGGUGGGUUUUAGAUCUCUCGGAGUGAUUUCAAGCAUUUAGUGUGGAUUUUAGGUCCCUUUGGAUGAUUUAAAGCCCAUAUGCAUGGAUCUUAAGCCCACAUGGGUGAUUUUAGCCUUUUCUUGGUGAUUGUGGUUUCAGGAUUCAAAUAGUGUUGUCUUUCCCUACAGCUGUUCCUUCACCUGGAUUGGGAGGGCCUUUUGGCCUCUGGACCCACACUUUGGCUCCAUUAUUAGGACUGCUGGAUCCAAAUCCUUUAUCUCCAGCAACAGUGAUCAUUGGAGGUGCAUCUCCUUUUUUCACAAUUGUUUUCAAAACUGCAAUAUCAAUAACUGUGCUAGUCUGUCAUGGAGUUGAAUAAUCACCUUAUUCACUAUUGUUUAGUGACUUUAAUUACUUUAAUUCCUCCUUGAUAAUCUCUAUCAACUCCUUCUCCCAUGACAUGAACACUUUUCAAAGCCAAGCUCCAGCGAGCAGUUAUCAAACCAAAGUGUCCUGGAGGAACUGGAGUUCCUAUGUCAGUAUUGAUAACUCUCAUUUGCUUUUGAUUUAUCCUGAUUAAUUCUAAUUCUAAUUCAGGUCCAGCCCUGCAGCCUUUGGGCAGACCCUGUCACGGGCCAUCACACCCAGAAUAAUUUCUCAGGAAGUUAAAGCAUCACUGUCCAUGGUUGUAUUUGCAAAUUGGGUGCAGCCAUGCACACCCAGGGGGUUUCCAUUUCCCAGGGGGCCCCUUGUACCCUUGUUAAAGGUAUAGAGCACAUCUGAGAGAUGGACUCUCCAUGGGGACAGGUUCCCAUCUCCUCCUUUUUUCAGCUGCUCUUUGAACAACGCCUUUAGCCAUUCAAUCAAUCCUGUGGAUUGUGGAUAGUCUGGUGUAUGAAAAACCCAGCAGUCUUAAUAAUUGUAUUUUUCACAGUAACACACAAAGCAUUCCACAUCACAGUAUCAGCAAACCCCAUAAAAAUAGCCAAUUUCAUCCCUUCCUCCUUUGUUUAUUGUAUACAAUCUCACAAAGUUUACCACUGACAUUCAGGUCCUGGCCAAUGCUUUUCUGUAGGAUAUUUAGUGCUAGAUCCUUGAGCAGCCAAAGGUGGUAAAUCAGAAUUGUCAGCAUUAUUUCACAUUAUUAUUUUAUAUAUAGAUAAAGAUACAGAUUUAGAUAGACAUAUUGUUAGACAAAAAUGUUUAUAAAUAUAUAUUAAAAUUUUGUAUUACAUUUAUGUAUAUAGUUAUUUAUUAUAUUAAUAUUCUUUCUCUUGAACAAAUUAAUACAAGCUCAAGAGGAAAAAUUUCUGCUGUUGCUCCAUGUGAGAGUGUUCCAACAACCAUUCCUUCUAUUGGUGCUGUUUCCAAUGUGCUGUUAACAGAAUUCAUCCUCAUCUUUACCCAUCCACAAGUUGUUUUCCUUUCUCCAUAUGCAAUUUUUGGAUGCAUUUUAAUACAUCCAGUGGUUCAGCUUCUUUAAACUGACUGCCCCAUUGCUCACACGGUGUUCUGACCUCAGUCCACUUCAGAGUUAGCGAACUCCAGGGAAGGGCUUCCCAUCGGUGAAUUUCAGAUGGGACAGAUUCCUUAAAUUUACAUUUAAGAAGUGACAUUUUGUUGCCAUCUGGCCAGACUGUGCCAAUUUUGUUUUACCAGUGGGCAGGGUCAGCACCAAAGACACAAACACGAACUGAAGGAAUCAGUGUCAUUUACUGUAGUUCAAAGCAGCAAAGAGUCACAGAAGGAGCAGCUCAGCAAUGCACCCAACCAUCACCACCAAAGAUUGCAGCUGUGAUUAAGAUCCAUCACUGUCGUGGUGAGGGUGGUUGCAACAAACCUCUUUGGUUCCCUAAUUUCAGGUGGAGAAAAUGAGAAAGCAGGUUCGAUGGAGUUGCCUGGAAAGAACUUUAAUAAAGGGUGAAAAACAGCAAACGUGGAGUAGCUGAGCACAGUAUGAGGGGCAGCAUCCAGAGACCCAAAACAAAGGGGAAGCAGCAACAUAUACACUUGGGGUUGGAACAUUCUGGAACUAUAACUAUAUAGGGGAAACAAGUAAUCAAUAGGGAAGCAGAACUUGGACAACAUAAUAACACCAAGGGCUUAUGGGGGAACUCUCAGGCUCGCCCUAAGUUAAAUAAUUCCCAGGGCUUGAAACUAAUGCCCAGUUCUUUUGGGGUAAAAUCUGGCUGACUUUGAGUCACAGCUGGGCCAAUUCCCACAUAUCCCCCUUUCUGUUUUCUAACAAAAAUGGAACUGAAAGAACUUUGCAAAACUCUAUAAAAACAUCCAAAUAAGCAUGGAACAACCAACACCACAAUAACAGCAACCAAGUAAACCAGCAGUCCCCUCUUGACUAAAGACAUCAUCCAACCCUUCAGUCCCCAGGAUUAGAAGAGUUUAUUCAACCAGUCUUUGUUUUCCACUUGAAGUUUCUUGAACCCUUCCCUCAGCACUUGAAUGCUGUUGUGGAUUGACUCGCUGUGGCUGGAGAGGUUCAUGCAACACAUUCCUUCAAAGUCCUCACAGCUGUACUCAUGUGCCAAAAGUAGCAAGUCUAUUGCUGCCCUGUUCUGCAGGGUGGUGUGUCUGAUGGUAUCUACGUCUGAGAUCAGGCCACUCAAUGCAAGGGAGGUAGCAUUGGUUUGCUUACUUAGCAGGCACCCAAGAUGGUCUAAUUGUCCUAAUGUUAUCGUUCAGGAACACAUAAUCACAGAAUGAUUAUAUGCAGGUGCUUUUGUUGAAGAGCUCUGGGUGUCAUGGGUACAAACCCAAAUCUGACUCCGACAGGGGUUCAGGAUGAACAUGCUUUUGUACCCUUAUCCUUAUAUAACUACUUAUUAAUUAUUAAACUUAUAUUGUUCUAUUGUAUACAUUGAUUUCAUCCAAUCAUGGAUUUUUGUCAUUUCCAUCAAACGCUGCCAACAUAGUUUCUCAUUAUUCUUGUAACGAUUAAACAAUAAUUAUAUCCAAUUACCAAAAAAUCAUUGCAUCUAACAAUCACAUCAUUUAUCAUAGUCAUUAAAUAAUUAUACAGGUGCAGCCUAACAUUUUCCCAGGGCCUACCAGGCCUGUCCUUCCUUUCUAACUCCCCUGAAUAUUCCAUGGUUUUAGAAACAUUUUAUCCCUAUACUAUCACUAAGGCUUUGGCUGCAGCCACCCAAGGCAACAAGAUGGAGGCUGCUAUUAUCUUGUUUUUACUCCAAUACAUAACACUGUCUUUGCAAUCAGAUUCAAAGUAGUGCAUAGAUCUUUUCACUCUGUCUCUCUGGCUAUGAAUCAUUUACAUGUUGGGUGCCAGCAAGGUAAGCCUCCCCAAGCUGCAAGGUCUGCCUUUGAUGAGUGAAGCAAUACUGGGCCAUGCUCUGUCCCUGCAAAUAAGAAACACACCCUGUGGCAACUGGAGUGGGUAGCUACUGGACCAAGAAAUGAUAGAAGAGGUGUAAUUACACCAUUGGCCCUGAUUUUUGUAAGUGGGAUGGUAUGGGGAAAUGUCCCUCCUGCUAGUUUCUCUUUCUCUUGUAAAUUUGGGUCUUUCACCCUCUUCCUAUCUCAGUCAGUAAUAAAACUUUACACAGAAGUCCAUUUUUACAGAGCCGAGAAUUUCUAGCUCCUGGGGUUCAAGUGGUGCACGCGGGAUCUUCUGGGUCCAGGUGUUGACAGAGCUGCAUUUCCAUUUGCUGUCAGGAUUGUCACCUCACAUACUAUGGAUGGCAUCCUCAGUUAUCAGCCACAUCCGUAGAUAACCCUACUAGGCAGGUGGAAAUGGGGUCAUCGGGGCUAGCAACGGACAGGCACAGGAUAUCUUGUUUUAUGGCUUUUGCUAGGGUUGCCCAUACAUUCUGUUUUGUUGGUGGAACUACCCAUCCACUCACAAGGAGCCUGGUUGCAAACAGGCUGAGGAAGGUAAGCAAAAGCUUCUUAUGGGUCAUUUGCAAAAGAGUUGUCUGGUCUGUGUAUCAAAGUCAUAGUCUGGUGGUUCUUGUCUGGGGGUGGAGUUGGGGUGUUCCUCUGGUGAAUCCUCAUUCGGUGGCUGUAGAUAGGACUUGGUGUUUUUCACUGGAGUCCACCAAGGUCCUCCACUGGUGGAGACAGAAGCAUAUCCCCUCUUCCAGGUAAUUAAUGGAAAUGACCCCAGAAUCUGGGUCAUUUCAGGUUCUUUUAUCAAUACAUGUGGCCUUUCUUUUAACUGAGCCGGUGAAGUAUUUGAAAAAUGUCAAAUGACAGAAGGACUGGUUUCCAUAAACAAAUUAUUUAAAACAUUAAAGACAUACAGUGCCUUGCUUAGUCUCUCUGUAGUGGGCAAGGUCUCUUCUCCCCCUUUCUGGUUAUCUAGAAGGCCUUUGAGAGUCAUGAGUUCUUUCUACAUUAGAUUGAUGUUGAGGAUUUUUUGCAGGUUGAGGAGUUUUUUCAAAACCAUGGCCAUAUUCAGCUGAUGCACAAUCCAGCCUGCUGGCAACAAUGGAUAAUAGACAAUGAUGGACAUAUUCAGAAGUAGUGUAUCCUUGAGAAAGAUAAAAGGAGAAGAGCCAUCAAGACUCAGCAAGUUUGAGAAAGUGAGAAAAAUGAAGCAAAGGGUGGGCCAGAUGACCACAGUAAAGGGCAGGAAAAAUCAGACUAUCCAAUCAGCAUUCUAAUUUAGUUGCGUGAACAGCUAGAAUUAACCAAUGAUGUAUUAGCUAGAGACACAUGAACAGUAGAAACUUAUCAUAAAUAUAGCCUUUUUAGGAGUAAUAAAUUUGGCUCCACU